UUUUUAAAUAAUGAUUCAAGACUUAUCAAAAGACACAAUCCAAUGCACCUACAAAAGAGGAGCAAAUGAAUAACCCCAAACUCCACAUUCACACAUAGAAUUUGUUCCCUUUAAGAAGAUUUACAAUGACGCACUCGACGCUGUAGGUCAUACUCCUAUGAUUCGAUUGAAUAAAAUCCCAAAAGAGUAUGGCUUAAAAUGUGAAGUGCUUGUUAAAUGUGAAUUUUUGAAUGUGGGUGGCUCACUCAAGGAUAGAAUUGGUGUUAGAAUGGUUUUGGAUGCUGAAAAAUAAGGUCGUCUAGGACCAGGCAAAUCCCUUGUUGAAGCCACUUCUGGAAACACCGGAGUAGGAUUAGCUUUGGCUUGUGCUGUUAGAGGAUAUCCAUUAGUCAUUACCAUGCCUGAGAAGAUGUCUCAAGAAAAGCAAGAUGUCCUUACAGGUCUAGGUGCUAAGGUCAUUAGAACACCAACAGAAGCUGCUUGGUAUGAACCUGAAUCACUGAUUCAAGUGGCUAAGAAGAUGGCAACUGAUGAUCCCAAUGUCAUAUUAUUAGAUCAAUAUGCCAAUCCAUCCAAUCCUUUGGCUCAUUACGAAGGCACAGCUGAAGAAAUCUUGUGGGCUUGUGAUGAUAAAUUGGAUGCUGUCAUUAUUUCAACAGGCACAGGUGGUACCAUCACUGGAGUUGGUAGAAAAAUUCAUGAAAGGGUUCCAGGAUGCAAAGUCAUCGCUGUGGAUCCCUAUGGAUCUGAUUUAGCUUUACCUUAAGAGGUUAAUAAGACUGACAUUAAAACAUACAAAGUUGAAGGCAUAGGAUAUGACUUUAUUCCCAAGGUCUUAGAUAGAGUAAAAUCAUAUUCUAUUAUAAUAGACAGAAAUCGACGGUUGGGUUAAGACAGUUGAUAAUGACAGUCUACUCAUGGCAAGAAAAUUAUUAUCUUAAGAAGGAUUAUUAUGUGGUGGUUCUUCAGGUGCCACUGUUUGGGGAGCAUUGGAAUGGGCCAAAGCUUAAAACUUCACUGAGAAUCAAAGAGUAAUUCUAAAUAUAAUGUUCUAUUUAGAUUGUCAUCAUUCUGCCUGAUAACAUUAGAAAUUAUAUCACCAAACACUUGAGCAAGACUUGGAUGAUUGAAAAUAGGUUCAUUCCUUAUGAUGAAUUGAAAGAGCCUGAACAUCCUUUAGCUGGAAGACCAAUUACUGAUUUGAAUUUGCAUGAAAUCCAACCGUUGGAUGUAGCAACAGCCACAGUUGGAUAAUGUUUGGAAGUCUUAAAAACACAUCCCGCUGUUCCACUCCAUGAAAAUGGCAAAUUAUUGUCAGUUGUUUUCUAGAAGAAGAUUUUGGCUGGAAUUGUUAAUAAGAAAUUGAAUCAUGUAUUUUUAUAAUUAUAAUAUGAUUAGGCUGAUCUAGCUAAGAAAGUACACUCUAAAGAAUUUGUCAUAGUUCCAAAUACUCUUGAUUUAAACUAAUUAGAGAGAAUUGUUGAAAGACAUGAAGUAGUCUUUGUUGAGGAUGGAGAUAAACUCAAAUAUGUAACACCAAGAGAUUUGUUAGGUGUCUUUGCAUGAUAUAUAAAACAUGAAUAACAAAAAUAUAAUAUUAAUU